UGGAAACCGAAGCUGCAAGUCAAGGGCCCCGUCUGACAAGUCCGGCAGGGCUGGAAAGGAGUUAAGGCGGGCAGGUGGGCGUGGCCCGCGCGUUGAUUGGCAUGGGUGGGACCGGGCUCGUCACCCUCCCGGGCUACUCCAACCCCUGGGCGGGCGGGGGUACCGCCUGGGCAAGGGUCUGGGCGCCGGGCCGAGACACCUCUCCCCGUCCCCUGCUUUCCGGUCACGUUCCGCCGGCUGGACGCGCUGGAAGAGUGGAGCACUGCCCGGCCGGCCCUCGGGGCUCACAGUCGGCAAAGUUUGGCUCGAAGAGGAAGUGGUCUCAAACCCCGGCAGGUGGCAGCCAGGCCAGACCAGGGGCGCUCGCGGCCUGUGGGCGGGCUGUAGGCGAAGGCGCGCCCCAGUGCCCAGACCUGGGGCUUCGGGAGCCGGCCCCGGGAGAGUGAGCGCAGCGGCGGCUGGAGAAAACAACUCCGAAGUUGGCGAAAGGCACCGCCCCUACUCCCGGGCUGCCGCCGCCUCCCCACCCCCAGCCCUGGCAUCCAGACCACGGGUCGAGCCCAGGCCAUGGAGCCCCCUUGGGGAGGCGGCACGGGGAAGCCUGGGCGCCCGGGGCUCCGCCGCGACUUCAUCGGGUAGACCACAGAAGCUACGAGACUCUUCCGGCACCCCCGGACAGCCCAGGAUGCUGUCGGCCACCCUCCUCCUCCUCCUCCUCCUUGGAGGCGCUCUGGCCCAUGCAGACCGGAUUAUCUUCCCAAAUCCUGCUUGUGAGGACCCCCCAGCAGUGCUCUUAGAAGUUCAGGGCACCUUACAGAGGCCCCUGGUCCGGGACAGCCGCACUUCCCCUGCCAACUGCACCUGGCUCAUCCUGGGCAGCAAGGAGCAGACUGUCACCAUCAGAUUCCAGAAGCUACACCUGGCCUGCGGCUCAGAGCGCUUGACCCUACGCUCCCCUCUCCAGCCACUGAUCUCCCUGUGUGAGGCACCUCCCAGCCCUCUGCAGCUACCUGGGGGCAAUGUUACCAUCACUUAUAGCUAUGCUGGGGCCAGAGCACCCAUGGGCCAGGGCUUCCUGCUCUCCUACAGCCAAGAUUGGCUGAUGUGCCUGCAGGAAGAGUUUCAGUGCCUGAACCACCGCUGUGUGUCUGCUCUUCAGCGCUGUGAUGGGAUUGAUGCCUGCGGCGAUGGCUCUGAUGAAGCAGGUUGCACCUCAGACCCCUUUCCUGGCCUGACCUCAGGGCCCAUCCCCUCCCUGCCUUGCAAUCUCACCUUGGAAGACUUCUAUGGAGUCUUCUCCUCCCCUGGAUAUACACACCUUGCCUCAGUCUCCCACCCCCAGUCCUGCCAUUGGCUGCUGGACCCCCAUGAUGGCCGGCGGCUGGCCGUGCGCUUCACAGCCCUGGACUUGGGCUUUGGAGAUGCAGUGCAUGUGUAUGAUGGCCCUGGGCCCCCUGAGAGCUCCCGACUACUGCGUAGUCUCACCCACUUCAGCAAUGGCAAGGCUGUCACUGUGGAGACACUGUCUGGCCAGGCUGUUGUAUCCUACCACACAGUCGCUUGGAGCAGUGGUCGUGGCUUCAAUGCCACCUACCAUGUGCGGGGUUACUGCUUGCCUUGGGAUAGACCCUGCGGCUUAGGCUCUGGCGUGGGUGCUGGCGAAGGCCUAGGUGAGCGCUGCUACAGUGAGGCACAGCGCUGUGAUGGCUCAUGGGACUGUGCCGACGGCACAGAUGAGGAGGACUGCCCAGGAUGCCCACCUGGACACUUCCCCUGUGGGGCUGCUGGCACCUCUGGUGCCACAGCCUGCUACCUGCCUGCUGACCGCUGCAACUACCAGACUUUCUGUGCUGACGGAGCAGAUGAGAGACGCUGUCGGCAUUGCCAGCCUGGCAAUUUCCGAUGCCGGGACGAGAAGUGUGUCUAUGAGACGUGGGUGUGCGAUGGGCAGCCAGACUGUGCGGACGGCAGUGAUGAGUGGGACUGCUCCUAUGCUCUGUCCCGCAAGGUCAUCACAGCAGCAGUCAUUGGCAGUCUAGUGUGUGGCCUGCUCCUGGUCAUCGCCCUGGGCUGCACCUGCAAGCUCUAUGCCAUUCGCACCCAGGAGUACAGCAUCUUUGCCCCCCUCUCCCGGAUGGAGGCUGAGAUUGUACAGCAGCAAGCACCCCCUUCCUAUGGGCAGCUCAUUGCCCAGGGGGCCAUCCCACCUGUAGAAGACUUUCCUACAGAGAAUCCUAAUGAUAACUCAGUGCUGGGCAACCUGCGUUCUCUGCUACAGAUCUUACGCCAGGAUAUGACUCCAGGAGGUGCCUCAGGUGCCCGCCGUCGCCAGCGGGGCCGCUUGAUGCGCCGCCUGUGAGCAAGAGCCCAGUGAAGUAGCAGAGAGGGGUGUGGGUCCAUGUGCAGUUCUGGGACCCUGGCACCUUGGCUCAGGGAAGAUCUGAGCUCCUUUCACUGCAGACCCUCUCCGGAGACUGGGGAGUGGGCUCCAGAGAACCUGGUUCUUGCUUACGUUCUCCCUUUGAGCCCUCCUUCCUAAGUACAAACAGUCCUGGGUCCACUCAACAUCAGGCCCAGUGUAAAUAAUGAAACAGUGAUUCUCCCUCCUCUGCCUCUCCAUGGCCUGGUCUUUGCCCUCUCCUUUGCUCUUCUCUUCCCCAUAGCCACUCCAUUACCUACAGCCUGAUAGUCUUCAUCCCUUUAUCCAGACCUUUUCUCUCCUUGUGGUAUUGCAAACUGAAAGUGGACAAAGACUUCAGGUAAAACUGCUCCUUGUGGUGGAACGCUUCUGAAUGCUGGAAGGAGGACUUAGGGCAGAGUUCACUAGGGAGGCCUGUGCUUAUAGAUCAGUGGGCCUGAAAGAAGUUUCUUUAGUUUCUAGGUGUGUGCUGUACAGGGUGUAGGCAGUAAUAAUACUCUUGUCAGCCAUAGUGAAGCCCCAAGGUAGCCGGGAUAGGGGACUGACCUUAUACAGGCAGCAUGGGGAGACUAAGACAGAGGGUCCUGCCCAAGUGAUGGCACUGGGGAGCAGUCACUCAGGUUUAUUUCCACCAGGGCCCAAGAAAAAAAGCAAUGAGGCAUCUUAAAAUUCUAUUAAGAUAGAUACCAAUAUCCAAGGUGCUUGGUCUCACGAGUGUAGGACCCACAUUAAGGCUCUUGGUGGGAAGGAAGGAGGCGUUUUCAGCAUGAGAUAGGAAUCAGGCUCUGAAUCAGAGUCUAGAAUCUAAGAUAAAAGAAGAUACCAGGGCUGGGAGUGGUGGCUCACACAUGCCUGUAAUCCCAGCACUUUGGGAGGCCAAGGUCUGAUUGCCUGAGCUCAUGAGUUCAAGACCAGCCUGAGCAACAUGGUGAAACCCUGUCUCUACUAAAAUAUAAAAAAUUAGCUGGGCAUGGCGGCAUGCACCUGUAGUCCCAGCUACUCGGGAGGCUAAGGCAGGAGAAUUGCUGGAACCCAGAAGGCGGGGGUUGCAGUGAGCUGAGAUCACGCCACUGCACUCCAGCCUGGGCAACAGACCAAGGCUCCCUUUCAAAAAAAAAAAAAAAAAAGAUACCAGAACUUGGUCCUUAAGAAACAAAAUUCUGCCGGACACAGUAGCUCAUGCCUGUAACCUCAGCACUUUGGGGGGCCCAAGGCAGGCAGAUUGCUUGAGGCCAGAAGUUCAAGACCAGCCUGGGCAACAUGACAAUACCCUGUCUCUACCAAAAAUACAAAAACUAGCUAGUCUCAUAACCUGGUCUCAAAAUAAAUAAAUAGAUUUUUUUAAAAAAAGGAAAGGAAAUCACGGGCCUGAACCAAGCUCCAGGCCUCACUGGGAGGGAAGAAGGACCCGCAGCCACACAGCCUAAGGCUGCGGAAGCACCAAGGUGGUUAAAGAGUGAGUGUCUGUUUAGGCAAAACCUGCUAUUGACAUUUUUAAAAGAAAAAAAAAAGAGUGAGUGCCUGAUGAUGCCAGAUUCUUCAUCACCUGAAGUGAACCCUCACAACAGAGCUGGGCCGUAGGCAUCAUAAUCCCCAUUUCGCAGGCUCAGGAGGAGCUUCAGGGAAAUCCGAAGAUUGGCCCAGUCUUUACCAGGUGGUGGAUUUAGACCUGGCAAUGGCUCCAUUCCAAAUCUCACCCUUGUCCUACUAUUCCACAGAACCUCCGAUUCCUGAGGGAGCCUGGACACAGGCAAAUGCUCAGCCCGGGUGGUUGAGGUUACAGUGAGCUAUGAUCGCACCACUAGUCUAGCCUGGGCAUGGGCAACAGGGAGAAAACCUCUCUCUGAAAAAAAUAAAAAUACUCAUUUUGGAAGGAAGUAAUUCUAAAAUGUUACACUUGCCUUCAGCAUAUCUGCAAUAUAAUAAAAUUUUCUGAAUAGCUGAGGAUCGUUCAUAGAAACCAGUGGCUUUUCUCCAGCAGUGUCUCCUGACACUGUAGGAGUAGGAGUAUGGGGAGCUAUUUGCUUUUAUGCUAAAUGACCUCAGACCACUUAUAAAAUGCAUAUGAGUGCAUUAAAUGUU